AUUCUCGGGCUUGUUUGGACAUGCAUCUGCUUUUACUCUAGCAUCCAUCCAUUAUACAUUGUUCUUCCAGCGAGGGUGGAGUACUGUACUUUGACUUCUUCCCUACACACCAACCCCGCAAGGGUUCACGACCGUGAUGAACAUCAAAGACUAUUUACCUCAGGGUGA